AACUUCCCUACUUAAAAGCUUUUAAGCAGAUCCUUCAUUCCUAGACUUAGGCCCCAUUUCCAGGCCUCUAAAGGUUGAAUUGGUUUGGUUUUGUGAGUCGCAGAGGCCAGGAGGCCUCCUGCUUGAGUGGCUCGAUGUCUAGGAGGCUCUGCUUCCUCGGGAUGGAGUGAUAGGCUUAGGGGGGAGGAAGAUGUCUGGGGAGAAGAAUUACAGUUGCCUAGUUUCACCUCAGGCAGAGAAGCACAGGCGAGCAAGGAACUGGACUGACACCGAAAUGAGGGCGCUGGUGUACGUGUGGGAUGAAUUUGUCACUGAGCUCAAAAAUGCAAAGAGGAAUGCCAAGAUCUAUGAGAAAAUGGCCAAAAGGUUUUUUGAACUUACUGGGGAGCAUCGCCACAGAGAGGAGAUUAAAAUGAAAAUUACCAACAUGACCUUCCAAUACAGGAAGCUGAAGUGCACAACUGAUGGCAGAACAACCCCACCAGAUUGGCCCUACUAUCAACCAAUCGAUAAAAUCCUCUCCAAAGUGUCAGACUCCACAACAACAAACAAGUUUGACAUUCUCCAGUCUGCACCUUCCACCUCCCAGACAGAAGCCUCUCCAUCACUACCUCCCAGCUCUCCGCCAUUCUUUCUGCCAGAGUGCAUGGGCUCAUCUGAAGAAAACCAGAGGCGUGAUGAAGACGAAGAUGAAGGCUCUGUCAGUUCUGUUAGUUUCCACUCCGUUGAGGCCGGCUCUGAAUCCAUGCCUAACAAACGAAGAAAAUUUUUCACAGGCAGUCUGAAGAAAAAGAAACUGAAGCUAAUGGAAGCCAUGCUGAUGGAGCAGAAGAAAGUAAGCAGGGCAUUAGAAGAAACCUGCAGGGAGGUACGAAGGGUCAUGCAUCAGCAGAACUUUCUACAGGUGCAGAGUCUUCAGCUUCAAGAACGAAUGAUGAACCUACUGGAGAAAAUGAUCUCUCCUGCACCUCCACAAAACUGGCCUCAGCGGUCAUAGCAAACGGGUAGACUUUGAAUGGCUGGGCCUCAGACCUCUUUAGAGGACUCACUGGUAGCACUAUACUGUGUUCAAUUGAUAAGUGUGCACCAAUAUCACUUUUUACUGUGGACUAUAAUGACAAUGCUGUGAUUCUUAGCAUAUGCUACCUGUUUCAGAUAUUGCACUGUGUAGUUUAAAGAGCCUAAUGAAUCAUUAAGUACAUCCUGCUCUGUCUAAAAUGUAUGUUUGCUUUAAAUCCACACUUCAUUUUGACUGGAUUUUUCAAAUUGGGGUUUGGAGCACAUUUCCAUCUUGAAGGUGAACUUCAUGCUCAGUCUUGAAAUCAGUCAAAGUGCAGCUUGCUAGGUUAAAUGGUUUGUUAUAUUGCUUUGUUUACUUAUAUUCAGGGAGAACAGGGAAGGCAUCCAUUGUCUGCAUGCUGCUGUGUUUAUUACAGCAGCUGCCACCGGCCUAUCUGUCCCAUAUAUACUAGUGGAUAACCAGAGCUGGGAACUGUGCCGUAUGUUUGUAGUACUGAACAAAGAAAAAUUCACAAAGUGAAUAAUGGACAAGCAGUGUGUUAAGACUGUCCCAGUCACUGCUACAAUUCAAGACACAAGUGGAAAUAAUCUUAAGAAAUCUGUGAGGCAUCACUUACUGCAAGGGGCUGCUCAGAGGAGUUCCUUUCACAGAGGGUCGUGGUAUGUCAUUAGAGAGGAGGACCCUGACAGCUUCUCUUAGAGAUACGUGAUCCAGGCUACUUUGAAAUUUUAAAGAAAAUGAAAUGAAACUGAUAUUCCAGGCAAUAGAUUUGCUAGAGAUUUUUUAAAAGUAUUAAUAGAAAUAUCAUUGUUUUUGGAGUCCUAGUUACAUGCUCCUCCUGUAAACAUUACAACUUAAUAAUGUACUACACAGGUUCAGGGCCUGUUUUAAAUAUGCCAUCCAUUUCAUUUACCAAGGUUUAUGUAGCAACGACAAGGAAGAUGAAAGUUCUAAUCUGUGUUUCUGUACAGCUUUAUUUAAAUAUUGCUGCUAUCUGUUUAUGCACUGUGAUUAGUAUUAUCAAGGAUAAAGCUUAUGUAUCAAGCAUG